GUAAGUGCAAGUGACCACUGACCGCGACCUAUAUAGCUUCUUUCAUUUAUUUCACACAUAUUAACAAACAUCGCAUUCCGUUUCUUCUUUCUUCCAAUUCGCUCUUCCAUUUCACGCCAUUUCUUCCGCAUCUAACCGCCACCACCGUUUCCAUCAUCCUCAUCAUCACCGAACCCUAACUUACUCUCUCUCUGAUGGAUUUCGAUUUCGAUUUCGAUUUCGAUUCCGAUUCCGAUUCUCCUCCUCCUCAUUCCGCCGAUUGAUCGUAACGCCGAGUUUCUUCGGAUCGUUCCUGCUAAUCCUUCACCAUGUUCGAAGCUCACGUACUGCAUUUGCUUCGAAGAUAUUUGGGCGAAUAUGUCCAUGGACUCUCUCAGGAGACCUUGAGAAUUAGCGUCUGGAACGGUGAUGUGGUCCUCAAAGAUUUGAGGCUGAAGGCAGAGGCACUGAAUUCGCUAAAACUCCCUGUUACUGUCAAAGCUGGCUUUGUUGGUUCCAUUACAUUGAAGGUUCCGUGGAAAAGGUUGGGCAAAGAACCUGUAAUCGUUUUGAUUGAUCGUGUGUUUGUUCUUGCUCAACCUGUACCUGAUCGUCGGACUAUGAAGGAGGAGGAUAGGGAAAAGCUUUUCCAAGCCAAACUCCAGCAAAUUGAGGAACUAGAGUCAGCUACACUUGAUGCAAUAUCCAAGUCAAAAUCAACUUCUGGAAAUUCGUGGCUGAGUUCCCUUAUUUCUACAGUUAUUGGAAAUCUCAAGAUAUCCAUCAGCAAUGUGCAUAUCAGAUAUGAAGAUUCAGUCAGUAAUCCGGGCCAUCCAUUUUCUUCAGGUGUGACUUUGGCGAAGCUUGCUGCUGUUACAAUGGAUGAGCAGGGAAAUGAAACUUUUGAUACAAGUGGUGCUUUGGAUAGAUUGAGGAAGUCGGUGCAGCUUGAGAGGUUGGCUCUUUAUCAUGAUUCAGACAGGCUUCCUUGGGAGAUUCACAAGAGUUGGGAGGAUAUCAAUCCAAAUGAAUGGAUCGAGAUAUUUGAAGAUGGCAUUAAUGAACCUAAUGAUGAAAAAAAAGUGGCUUCUACGUGGGGCAUGAAUCGUACAUACUUGGUUUAUCCUAUCAAUGCAGUCCUUCAGUAUCAUCGUCUUGGAAACCAAGAAAGAGUUAAUCCAGAAAUUCCAUUUGAGAAAGUUUCGCUUGUCCUCUCGGAUGUCUCUCUUACUCUAUCAGAGGCUCAGUAUCAUGAUUGGAUUAAACUUUUGGAAUCCGUUUCACGGUACAAGACAUAUAUGGAAGUUUCUCAUUUACGACCAGCUGUUCCCAUUUCAGAGGCUCCUUAUUUAUGGUGGCAGUUUGCUGCACAAGCUGCACUCCAGCAGCAGAAGAAGUGUUUUCGCUUGUCAUGGGAUCAAAUUCGGCAACUUUGUCAGCGUCGGCGUCGAUACAUUCAGUUGUAUGUGGCUUCACUUAAACAAUCAUCUAAUGUUGAUCACGCUGAAAUGAGAGAAAUAGAAAAGGAUCUUGAUUCAAAAGUGAUUCUUCUAUGGAGAUUACAAGCUCGUGCCAAGGUUGAGUCUGUGAAGUCAAAGGUAGCAGCUGAUGAAAGGAAAUUCCGGAAGAAGGGCUGGUUUUCAUUUAAAUGGCGUGGUGAUUCAGAAGAAUCCUCUUUGGAUGAUGCGUCUGAGGGAUCAGAGGGUACGGAAGAAACGUUAACCAAAGAAGAAUUGCAGGCAAUCAAUAAUUUACUGAGUUAUCAGCCUGAUGAGGAAUCGACGAAGCACUCUUCAAAAGAUAUGCAAAAUAUGAUCCAACAUAUGGUAACUGUAUCUGUUGGUCAGGCUGCUGCCAGGAUUAUCAAUGUGAAUGAGACGGAAAUUGUUUGUGGUCGAUUUGAACAACUUCAUGUGUCAACAAAGUUUAGGCAUCGCAGUGUUUACUGUGACUUGUUGCUAAAAUUUUAUGGUUUGUCUGCUCCUGAAGGUCCACUUACGGAGAGUGUCCAUAGUGAGCAGAAGGUAAAUGCUUUAGCCGCCAGUUUUGUACACCUACCGAUUGGGGAGAAUAUUGACUGGAGAUUGUCGGCUACAAUUGCUCCCUGCCAUGUUACGGUUUUGACAGAAAGUAUUGAUCGUGUCUUAGAGUUUGUUAAACGAAGUAAGGCAGUCAGCCCCACUGUUGCAUUGGAGACAGCUACUGCCUUGCAGAUGAAGAUUGAGAAAGUGACUCGUAGAGCACAGGAGCAAUUUCAGAUGGUUUUAGAGGAGAAAAGCAGAUUUGCAUUCGAUGUUGAUCUUGAUGCUCCAAAAGUUAGAAUUCCUCUCAGAUCUCGUGGUUCAGCCAGAUGUGAUAGUCAUUUUCUUUUGGACUUUGGUCAUUUUACACUACACACUGCGGAAAGCCAGUCUGAUGAGCAGAGGCAUAAUCUUUAUUCUCGAUUUUACAUAUCAGGACGUGAUUUUGCUGCCUUUUUUACGGACUGUGGCUCUGAUUUUGGGAGUUGCAGUUUGGUUAAACCAACUCAUGAUAGUCAAAUAAUAAGCUCACCACGGGUCAAAGAAGCUGAUAAUGUGUAUUCUGUCAUUGAUAGGUGUGGAAUGGCAGUACUUGUUAAUCAGAUUAAAGUGCCUCAUCCAAGUUACCCAUCGACAUGUAUAUCCAUUCAAGUGCCAAAUCUUUGCAUUCACUUUUCACCAGAGAGAUUUCGUAGAAUCAUGGAACUGCUGAGCAUAUUGCGCAAGACUAUGGAAACAUGUAAUCAGCCUACACCUGAUAGUUUACACUCCAAACUUGCUCCUUGGAGUCGUGAUCUAGUUGUUGAUGGUAGAAUCCUAGUUUGGAAGGGAAUUGGGAAUUCAGUUGCUACGUGGCAAACAUGUUUUCUGGUGCUUUCGGGGUCAUAUCUUUAUGUAUUUGAAACUGCAGAGUCUCAGAGUUACCAGCGAUACCUAAGCAUGGCUGGCAAGCAAGUCCUUGAGGUUCCCCCAACAAAUGUUGGUGGUUCGCCAUUUUGUAUUGCUAUAAGCUCCAGGGGGAUGGACUUCCAAAAGGCUCUGGAAUCUUCUAGCACCUGGAUUUUGGAUUUUCGAGAAGAGAAGGAGAAGGCUAGGUGGUUUAAAAGGCUUAUACAAGCCACUUAUGAAGCAUCUGCUCCCCUAUCUGUUGAUGUUCUAGAUGAUUCAAACAGUGAUGCUGCUUGCGACAAUGUUCUUAAUACAAGUAAAAAAUCAGCUGACAUUGUCAUAAAUGGAGCAUUGGUAGAAACCAAGCUACUUAUAUAUGGAAAGGCAGGGGACACCUUAGAUGGGAAAUAUGGCGAGUCUCUAAUGCUUGAGGUUAUUGCAGAUGGGGGAAAAAUGCAUCUGGCUCUUGCAAAUGCUGACCUGACAAUGAAGAUGAAGUUGCAUUCGUUGAAAGUUAAAGAUGAACUUCAGGCUCGUCUGUCAGUGACCCCACAAUAUCUGGCUGUUUCUGUCUUGAAGGAGAGUGUAUCUUCUUCACCCUCUGCUUUAUUUGAUUCACAUGGGAAGGAUGCAUCUCUUGGAUUUCCUGAUGAUGAUGAUAGCUUUAGUGAUGCUCUAUCUGAUUUCAUUUCUCACGUAGAAGGGGGAAACCAUUUACAUAAUAUGGAUUUGGAUAUGCAAGGGGGGAUGGGGAUUGCUUCUGAUUUUGAGACUCUUGAAAGCUUAAUACAUGAAAAAGAAAUUGAGAAGGGAAAGAACACUCCUCGGGAGGUAUAUUAUGAGGCUGAGGGAACUGAUAACUUACAUUUUGUGUCUGUCACCUUUGCAACAAGAAGUUCAAGCUCACCUGAUUAUGAUGGUAUCGACACACAGAUGUGUGUUCGAAUGUCCAAACUGGAAUUUUUCUGCAACCGACCAACUAUUCUUGCUUUGAUAAGCUUUGGCUUGGAUAUAAGCUCUGGAAAUAAAGGGAAAAGCGAUACAAGCACUAUAGCCACUUCUCCUGAGCAAACUUCCAUGAAGAAGGAUAAGACUGAUGAAAAAGAACGUGUUAAAGGAUUGCUAGGUUUUGGUAAAGAGCGUGUAGUAUUUCAUUUAAACAUGAAUGUGGAUAGUGUAACUAUUUUUCUUAACACGGAGGAUGGUUCUCAACUUGCUACCUUAGUACAAGAAAAUUUCCUAGUGGAUCUUAAGGUUCAUCCAAGUUCUCUUUCUAUUUGUGGAACAUUGGGAAAUUUCAGACUUCGUGAUACAUGCCAAAAACCCCUCAAGUCAAUGAACUGUUUGGAGAUCCUCUAUCUGUUCUCUUUUUAUUCAUUCCAAAUUUUUAAGCUUUACUGUUGUACUUUUUCUUUUCAGUUCAAAUUCAAUUCGUAUAGUGCUGGAGAUGAUGAUUAUGAAGGAUAUGCCUACAAACUGCAAGGUCAACUCUCAGCUGUUCGCAUCGUUUUCCUUAAUAGAUUUGUGCAAGAGAUAAUGGUGUACUUUAUGGAACUUGCCACCCCUCGUACAGAAGAAGCAAUCAAACUUGUUGAUAAAGUUGGAGGGUUUGAAUGGUUGAUUAAGAAACAUGAAAUAGAUGGAGCUACCGCACUCAAGCUGGAUCUUUUACUUGACACUCCAAUUAUCAUUUUUCCAAGGGAUUCACUGAGUAAAAACUUUAUACAACUUGAUCUGGGUAUGCUACAGAUUAAAAAUGAAUUCAGAUGGCAUGGAUCUCGAGAAGAAGAUCCUUCAGCUGUGCAUAUUGAUAUACUUCAUGCUCAGAUUCUAGGAAUUAACAUGUCUGUUGGAAUUGAUGGUUGUCUUGGAAAACCAAUGAUACGGGAAGGUCAGGGAUUUGAUAUAUUUGUCCGUCGAAGCUUGAGGGAUGUGUUCAGGAAAGUCCCAAAUUUUUCACUUGAAGUGAAGGUUGAUUUAUUGCAUGUUAUAAUGUCUGAUAAAGAAUAUAAGGUGAUUUUGGAUUGCACUUGCUGGAAUUUAAGAGAACCACCACGGCUUCCUGCAAGCUUUCGUGGUGGAAGUUCUGAUUCAAAGGAUACCAUUAAGCUUCUGGUGGAUAAGGUUAAUACGAAUAGUCAACAACUGUUGUCACAAACCGUUACAAUUAUGGCGGUUGUGGUGAACCAUGCCUUACUGGAGCUCUGUAAUGGCACUGGUGGGGAAUCACCUUUGGCUCAUGUUGCUAUUGAAGGUCUUUGGGUUAACUAUCGCAUGACUUCUUUGUCAGAAACAGACCUCUUUGUGACAAUUCCAAAAUUCUCCAUACUAGAUGUCCGCCCUGAUACAAAACCUGAAAUGCGUUUAAUGCUUGGAUCAUCUACUGAUGCUUCCAAACAAUCCGUUACCGGAAAAGUUCCCUUUGCAUUAAACACGGGCAGCUUUCGAAGGACAAUAAGUGAUGCUGGAGUUGAUGUUGAUAUGCCCAUUUCAACAAUGUUUCUGAUGGAUUGCAGAUGGCGGAUAUCAUCCCAAUCGUUUGUGAUUCGUGUGCAGCAGCCCCGGGUCCUUGUUGUGCCAGAUUUUCUUCUUGCAGUGGCCGAGUUUUUUGUUCCUGCUCUUGGAGCACUAACUGGAAGAGAGGAAACAAUGGAUCCAAAAAAUGAUCCUAUCAGCAGAAACAACAGCAUUGUACUGAUGGAAUCAAUUUACAAGCAGAAAGAAGAUGUGGUGUACCUCUCCCCCUCUAAACAGUUAGUAGUCGAUCAUGUAGGUGUUGAUGAAUAUGUAUAUGAUGGUUGUGGAAAGGUUAUUUGUUUAUCUGUUGAAACAGACACAAAGGAAGCCCGCAACAUAAGGUUUAGGCCAAUUAUAGUUAUCGGGCAUGGCAAGAAGUUACGAUUCAUUAAUGUGAAAAUUGAGAAUGGUUCUCUUCUAAGGAAGUAUACCUACCUGAGUAACGACAGCAGCUAUUCAGUCUCUAUUGAUGAUGGCGUUGACAUUGUGGCUCCAGACAUUUUGUCAUCCGGUGAUGAGAAAAGCCUUGACAACAUGAAUCAAAUGUCAAGCACUUAUACAGAUAGUCAAAGUGAAUCAGAAAUGACUCGAAGUUUUACCUUUGAAACACAGGUUGUUUCUUCGGAGUUGACCUUCUAUGACGGUACUAAGUCAUUUCUGGAUGAUUCAUCUUAUGGCGAAAAGCUUAUCCGUGCAAAGUUGGACAUGAGCUUCAUGUAUGCCUCUAAGGGAAAAGACUCUUGGAUUAGGACCCUGGUGAAGGAUUUUACUCUUGAGGCUGGCUCUGGACUUGUCAUUCUAGAUCCAGUUGACAUAUCUGGGGGAUACACUUCUGUGAAGGAUAAAACAAAUAUUUCUCUGCUGUCAACGGACAUUUGUGUUCAUCUUUCACUCAGUGCUGCUACUCUUAUACUCAAUCUGCAAAGUCAGGCAUCCGCUGCAUUAAGUUUUGGAAAUGCAACUCCCCUUGUUCAAUGUUCCAACUAUGACCGAAUUUGGGUGUCUGAAAAAGAGACUGGGCCCAACAAAAAUAUUACCUUUUGGAGGGCUAGAGCACCUUCAAACUAUGUUGUAUUAGGAGAUUGUGUGACAUCAAGGCCGAUUCCUCCUUCACAAGCUGUAAUGGCAGUAAGUAACACAUAUGGCCGUGUAAGGAAGCCAGUCGACUUCUAUCUUAUUGGAUCAUUGCUGAAAAUUUUAGGGCAUGAUGGUCCUGAUGGCCACUCUAUUUCUGGCAGUGAUUGUUCUCUUUGGAUGCCCAUUCCGCCUCCAGGUUAUGUAGCUCUCGGCUGUGUGGCCCAUACUGGGAACCAACCGCCACCAAAACAUGUUGUUCACUGCUUACGUUCUGAUCUUGUAACAUCAGCAGAAUAUUCAGAUUGUUUGCAUAAUAUCCCAUCAAAUGAACAAUUUACAUCUGUAUUUAGUAUAUGGCGCCUUGAUAAUGCUGUUGGCUCUUUUUUCGCACAUUUUUCAACUGGUCGCCCCCUAAAAGACAGCUGCUAUGACCUAAAUCAUCUGCUUCUCUGGAAUUCAAAUCGAGCUCCUUUGAUGGACCCCUUCUCAAGUUUUAAUUCUGAUAACGAAGAUAUUGAGGAUACAAGAAAAAGUGUAACCACAUCUGGUUGGGAUAUUGUCAAGUCCAUAUCAAAAGCAGCUAACUCCUAUAUAUCUACACCAAACUUUGAAAGGAUUUGGUGGGACAAAGGCGGUGACCUCCGCCAUCCAGUCUCUAUUUGGCGACCUAUUGCACGUCAUGGCUAUGCUGUUGUGGGUGAUUGCAUCACUGAAGGCCUAGAACCUCCUGCACUUGGAAUAGUCUUCAAGAGUGACAAUCCUGAUCUCUCUUCAAAACCUGUUCAGUUUACCAAAGUUUCCCACAUUCUAGGGAAAGGGAUUGAAGAAGUUUUCUUCUGGUAUCCUAUACCUCCACCAGGUUAUGUUUCUUUGGGAUGUGUUGUCUCCAGAACAAAUGAACCACCAAGUGCAGAUUUGUUUUGCUGCCCAAGAAUGGAUCUAGUCAGCCAAGCAAACAUUCAUGAGGUGCCCCUUUCAAGAUCUUCAAGUUCAAGGGCUCCUCAAUGCUGGAGCAUAUGGAAAGUAGAAAACCAGGCGUGCACUUUCCUAGCUCGUUCUGACCUUAAAAAGCCAUCAAGUCGUUUGGCUUACAUAAUUGGUGAUUCUGUGAAACCAAAGACUCGAGAAAACAUAAAUGCUGAGCUGAAGCUAAGAUACUUUUCUCUGACAAUUUUGGACAGCUUAUACGGAAUGAUGAGGCCUCUAUUUGACACUACAAUUACCAAUAUUAAGCUUGCAACACAUGGUGGACUGGAGGGGAUGAAUGCAGUUCUGAUUUCUUCAAUUGUUGCUUCAGCCUUUAAUGCUAAAUUAGAGGCAUGGGAACCUUUUGUGGAGCCAUUUGAUGGAAUAUUCAAGUUUGAAAGUUAUGAUACGAACGUACAAUCAGAAUUUGGAGUUGGUAAGAGAAUUCGAAUGUCUGCUACCAGUAUCUUGAAUGUCAAUAUCAGUGCAGCAAGUCUUGAUACCUUUGUGGGGAGCAUUCUUUCAUGGAGAAGACAGAUGGAACUUGAAGAGAAAGCAUCAAAGUUAAAUAUGGAAGCUGGUGAUCAACAAAGCAAAGGAGAGGAUACAGCUUUUUCUGCACUAGAUGAGGAUGACUUGCAGACUGUGGUUGUAGAAAAUAAUCUUGGGUGUGAUAUUUUUGUUAAAAAAGUUGAGCACAAUGUAAAUACAGUUGACAAACUGAACCAUGGCGAUUGUGCUUCUGUGUGGAUCCCACCUCCAAGGUUUUCAAAUAGAUUAAAUGUUGCAGAUGAAUCUAGAGAAGCACGUUAUUAUGUUGCUGUACACAUUCUGGAGGCCAAGGGUUUAUCUCUCAUAGAUGAUGGUAAUAGCCAUAACUUCUUCUGUGCUUUGCGUCUCGUUGUAGACAGUCAGGCGUCAGAGCAGCAAAAGCUUUUUCCCCAGAGUGCAAGAACAAAGUGUGUGAAGCCUGUAGUAUCACAAAUUAGUGAUCAGGAUGAAGGCACAGUGAAGUGGAAUGAACUUUUCAUAUUUGAAGUUCCUCGAAAGGCACCUGCUAAGUUGGAAGUGGAGGUUACCAAUCUUGCUGCCAAAGCUGGAAAAGGGGAUGUGGUGGGUGCAUUGUCUUUUCCUGUUGGACAUGGGGCAAAUAUUCUAAGGAAGGUUGCUUCCACAAGAAUGUUUCAUCAGUCUUAUGAUGUUCAGAGUAUUCGAUCAUAUCCACUUAGUAAAAUGGUCCAACAAAGCAAUGCUGAAGCAAUAAACGAGGGAUUCCUCUUUGUUUCAACUUCUUAUUUUGAAAGAAACACAAUUGCUAAGCAUCAAAAAGACAUGGAAAGUUUGAAUGAUGUUGACAGGGAAAUAGGUUUUUGGGUAGGGCUUGGCCAAGAGGGUGAGUGGGAGAGCAUUCGCUCAUUGCUUCCACUUUCAGUGGUUCCAAAAUCAUUAGAGAAUGAAUACGUUGCUAUGGAAGUUCUCAUGAAAAAUGGAAAGAAACAUGUCAUUUUUAGGGGUCUUGUUACAGUUGUGAAUGAUUCAGAUGUUACAUUGAAUAUUUUGACCUCACGUUCAUCUCAUGGUAUUGACCCCUCACCUGGAGCGUACAGUUCUAAUACUGUAGUGGAAGAGGUCUUUCAAAAUCAGUACUAUCAGCCAUCAUAUGGUUGGAGUAACAAUUGGCCAUUGACAGAACAUGAUGCUCCUGGUCACUGGAGCACAAGGGACUUCUCGUACUCAUCUAAGGACUUCUUUGAACCUCCACUUCCACCUGGGUGGAAAUGGACAUCAGGCUGGUCCAUAGAUAAGUUUCAGUAUGUUGACAAGGAGGGGUGGGCAUAUGGGCCUGACCUUAAAAACUUACAAUGGCCUCCUACUUCUUCAACAUUUUCGACAAAAUCAUCUUCUGAUGUUGUUCGUCGGAGACGUUGGAUUCGUACUAGACAAAACUUUUCGGAUCAAGGUAAAGAAUACAUACAAAGUGGUGCGAGUACCUUACACCCUGGUGCUUCUACUGUUUUACCUUUGAGAAGUACAUCCAAGAACUCUAACCACUAUUUGCAAGUUCAACCGAACUCCAACAGUUCUAUGCCAUCAUACUCAUGGGGAUGUGCUGUAGCUGUUGGUUCAACUUACAUGUAUAGCAAAGACCAACCAGUGGAUCAAAGUUCCAGACGUAAUUCUGCAACAUCCAAUUGUUCAAUGAAUCUAAAUGAGCUUGAGAAGAAGGAUAUACUUUUGUGCUGUAAUCCCAGCAGCGGAAGCAAACAAUUAUGGCUUAGUGUGGGUAUAGAUGCGACAGUUCUUAAUACUGAACUAAACGCUCCUGUUUAUGAUUGGAGAGUAUCUGUCAACUCCCCUAUUAAAUUGGAGAAUCGGCUUCCUUGCCCUGCUGAGUUUUCAAUCUCUGAGAAAACAAAGGAAGGACACUGUGUAGAGCAGCAUCAAGGUGUCGUAUCUUCUCGGCAGAGUGUACAUAUCUAUUCAGCUGAUAUUCGGAAACCUUUAUACCUUACUCUGUUUGUGAAAGGAGGCUGGGUAAUGGAUAAGGAUGCUAUUCUUGUACUGGAUCCUUCUUUCGCCAAUCAUAUCUCAUCUUUUUGGAUGGUUCAUCCAAAGAGUAGAAGGAGAUUGCGCUUGAGCAUUGAACUUGAUAUGGGUGAAACAAGUACCGCACCAAAAACCUUAAGACUUUUUGUUCCUUAUUGGAUUGUCAACGAUUCUUCUUUACUGUUGGCAUAUCGUGUGGUGGAUGUCGAAACUCUUGAAAAUACAGAGGCAGACUCUGUCGUACUCUCUAGAGCAGCUAAGUCUGCCAGAACUGCCUUGAGAAAUCCCAUAAGCUCAUUGGAUAGGAGGCACUCUAAUUCAAGGGGGAAUCUACAAGUUCUUGAAGUAAUUGAAGACAGCAGUCCAUUCCCUAGCAUGCUUUCUCCACAAGAUUAUGCUGGUCACAGUGGAGCUGCAAUGUUUCAGUCUCAAAAGGAUGCAUACUUGUCACCGAGGGUGGGCCUUUCUGUUUCUCUCCGCCAUUCUGAAAUUUACAGUUCUGGGAUUUCUCUGCUUGAACUGGAAAACAAGGAAAGGAUUGACGUAAAGGCUUUCAAUUCUGAUGGAUCUUACUACAAACUUUCUGCAUUGUUGAACAUGACUUCAGACAGGACAAAGGUGGUUCAUUUCCAACCACACACAAUCUUCAUUAACAGGGUUGGGUGUAGUGUUUGCCUGCAACAAUGUGACACACAGUCAGCUCUAUGGAUUCAUCCCGAUGAUCCUCCAAAACCGUUUGGGUGGCAAACAUCAGCCAAAGUUGAACUUUUGAAGUUGCGUGUUGAUGGCUACAAAUGGAGUGCCCCAUUUAGUGUUAGCUAUGAAGGUGUAAUGCGCAUUAGCUUAAAUAAAGAAGCUGGAGGCGAUCCAAUGCAACUAAGAGUAGCUGUCAGAACUGGUGCCAAGAAGUCACGCUUUGAAGUUAUUUUUCGUGCAAAUUCAUUGAGAAGUCCAUACAGAAUUGAAAAUCGCUCCAUGUUCUUGCCCAUUCGCUUUCGUCAAGUUGAUGGGACAGCUGAUUCUUGGCAGCUGCUGCUUCCCAAUUCAGCUGCUUCAUUUCUGUGGGAAGAUCUUGGUAGGAGACGUUUAUUGGAACUCUUUGAAGAUGGCACUGACCCAAUGAAAUCACUAAAGUAUGAUAUUGAUGAAGUUGCUGAUCACCAGCCGACCCAAACAGGAGAUGGACCAACUAAAGCCAUGCGUGUUACUAUUUUAAAGGAAGAGAAAAUCAACGUUGUUAAGAUAAGUGAUUGGAUGCCCGAAACUGAACCUGCAGGAGUUCUUGGCAAAAGGCAUUUAUCAGCAAUGAGUGAAUCUCAAAAGCAACAACUAACGUCUAUUUCCAAUUCUGAAUUCCACAUCAAUUUUGAUCUUGCUGAGCUUGGGAUAUCAAUUAUUGAUCAUACUCCUGAGGAAAUUUUGUACCUUUCUGUCCAGAAUCUUGUUCUGGCAUAUUCUACUGGUUUAGGAUCUGGAAUUAGCAGAUUCAAACUCAGAAUGGGUGGGUUACAAGUUGACAACCAAUUGCCAUUAACUCCAAUGCCAGUUCUCUUCAGACCACAGAGACUUGUGGCAGAAAUUGAUUAUAUCCUGAAAUUUUCAGUGACGAUGCAAUCAGAUGGAUCAUUGGAUCUGUGUGUAUAUCCUUACAUUGGUCUUCAUGGGCCAGAAGGUUCUGCCUUUUUAAUAAACAUUCAUGAACCAAUUAUUUGGCGCCUACAUGAAAUGAUUCAAGUGGUGAAGCUUGGUAGGCUGACUGAUUCUCAAACUACUGCUGCAUCAGUUGAUCCAAUCAUUCAAAUUGGUGUCCUUAAUAUUUCGGAAAUUCGAUUCAAAGUGUCAAUGACUAUGUCACCAAGUCAAAGGCCAAGAGGUGUGCUUGGUUUCUGGGCAUCCUUGAUGACUGCAUUGGGUAACAUGGAAAAUAUGCCAGUGAAGAUAAACCAGAAGUUUCAUGAGAAUGUGUGCAUGAGGCAGAGUUCAAUGAUUAGUAUGGCUGUAUCAAAUAUCAGGAAGGAUCUUCUAGGCCAACCACUUCAGCUUCUCUCAGGUGUUGAUAUAUUGGGCAAUGCAAGUAGUGCACUUGGACACAUGAGUAAAGGAGUUGCUGCAUUGUCUAUGGAUAAGAAGUUCAUUCAAAGUCGGAUGAGACAGGAAAGCAAAGGUGUGGAGGAUUUUGGGGAUGUUUUAAGAGAGGGAGGCGGGGCAUUAGCUAAAGGUUUGUUCAGAGGGGUAACUGGUAUUUUGACAAAGCCUCUUGAAGGUGCAAAAUCUUCUGGCGUUGAGGGUUUUGUUCAGGGUGUUGGGAAGGGGAUUAUAGGGGCAGCAGCACAACCAGUUAGUGGAGUUCUAGAUCUUCUGUCAAAAACGACAGAAGGUGCCAAUGCUAUGAGAAUGAAAAUUGCAUCCGCUAUAACAUCUGAAGAACAACUUCUCCGGAGGAGACUGCCACGCGUUAUAGGUGGGGAUAAUUUGCUUAGACUAUAUGAUGAGUACAAAGCUCAAGGACAGGUCAUAUUGCAGUUGGCAGAAUCAGGCUCAUUUUUCAGCCAGGUUGAUCUUUUUAAAGUUCGAGGAAAGUUCGCCUUAACUGAUGCUUAUGAAGAUCACUUCAUGCUUCGAAAAGGGAAGAUUCUCAUGAUCACUCAUCGACGAUUGAUACUAUUGCAACAACCAUCCAAUGUUAUCGGUCAGAGGAAGUUCAUCCCAGCAAGGGAUCCGUGUUCAAUACAGUGGGAUAUACGGUGGGACGACCUUGCUACGAUGGAACUUACUCAUGGUAAAAAGGACAACCCCAAAUCCCCUCCAACCCGUCUCAUUUUGUAUUUGAAGUCUAGAACAUUAGAUACCAAAGAAAACGUUCGCAUUGUAAAAUGCAUCCCUGAAUCCCAUCAAGCUCUUGAAGUUUACUCUUCAAUAGAUCGUGCAUUUCACACUUAUGGUCCAGGGGCAUCAAAGGUAACACUGGCAAAGAAUGCGAAAAAGCCUUAUUCUCCGCAUGUUGAGGGCUCUAAAUUUGAUUUAACACUGAAAGAGGUGACGCCUGGAUCAACUCCAGUCUCUUCAAUCUUUGGAAGCAGCAGUUCCCGUCGCUAUAGCUGAGUUUUUGCUCUACAUUCAGCAUAAUCGAUCAAAAACCCUUCUCUCAAACUGCAUCCCCCAAACCCUCUAUUCACAAAGUUAUUCGUAUCACAGUCGUCCUCCUCAUUCUUACAUUCAUUCAAUACAAGAGAGAGAUAUAUAUGAGCCCAGUUCCCCUUCAGCUUAAGAGGUGGAUCAUCUCAGAAGUUGACUUGGUGAGGACCUGUUUGCUGAAGGAAUGAGUUCUUCCGACUGGUGAGGUAUUUGAGGUGGCAGCUUUUUUCCCUCGGAUCUCACUGCUCUGCCAUAGCAUAAUGUCCAGCAAUUAUUGUAUUUUAUUAUAGAUCGAAAUAGUUUACGCUGUACAUAUAUACAUAUAUAUAUAUAUAUAAUCAUAGCUCUGAUAGUAAUAGGAGAUACCGAUAGCUUAUUGAGAAACAAAAUUAUUUCUUGCUGCAUAGAAUUAAUCAUUCAUAGCAAAUACAUAAAAGCUUAUUACCCCAAAAUAAAA